GAGAGAGGAAAAUGGGUGGACGGAAAGUCCCCGUGUGGAAAUCCCCUUGACUUGUGCCUUUUCAAAAAAAAAAAAAAAAAAACCCACAACUAUCAUUAGCAGACUGUGUACUCCUUUGAAAGGCUUCACGAGCUGCCACGGCUCCAAAAUAGAUCUGAUACUGAAGGAAAGAGAAGGUUGAAUGGCGCCGAGGUCCGCAGCGGUGAGGCUGAGUAAAGGGGCUCGGAGAGGACCAGCCUGAGCAUCCGGGAGGGCUUUGUUAUUACCCCCGACACAUUACACAGUUUCCACGUUGCUGGGUCAGCGGUGGCUGGUGCCUCCUCCUCCUCUCCUCCUCCUCCUCCUCGUUCCUCUUCCUCCCCUCCUUCCACCCACCUGGCCACUCAUCCGCCAUGUCGCAGGGUCAGAACUUCCUCCCAAAAUUCCUGUUUGUUUCCAACCUGCUGAAGGCGGUGAAGAUCCGCCAGCGAGUGCCCAACGACGUGGUCAAGCCGGCUGCCAGCAGCGGCCUGAUGCACCACCUGCGGGGAAUGCACCGGUACACGCUGGAGAUGAUCGCCAUGAACCACUUCCCGCAGGCCUUCAGGGAGGUGGUGCAGGCCGCCAUCCUGGACCGAGCCAUGCAGGCCUCCCUGGAGCAGGAGAAGAAGCUCAACUGGUGUCGGGAAGUGAAGAAGAUGGUGCCCUUACGUACAAAUGGAGAUGGGAACUGCUUGCUGCACGCGACCUCUCAGUACAUGCUGGGCGUUCAGGACACGGACCUCGUGCUUCGGAAAGCCCUCCAUGGCGUUUUGAAAGAGACCGACACUGGUGUCUUCAGGGCUCGCUUCCAGGCGGAGCUGCUCCGGUCCCAGGAGUUCACUCAGACCGGACUCCGGUACACCACGAUGAACUGGGAGGAGGAGUGGGAGAAGAUUGUGAAGAUGGCGUCUCCGGCCUCCAGUAGCAACGGCCUCCAGUUUGACUCCCUGGAGGACAUUCACAUCUUUGUCCUUUCCAACAUUCUCCGUCGACCCAUCAUCGUCAUCGCAGACCAGGUGGUCAGGAGUAUGAAAUCUGGCUCCUCCAUCUCUCCUCUGAAUGUGGGUGGGAUUUAUCUGCCGCUACACUGGCCGCCCACAGAGUGCUACAAAUACCCAAUAGUGCUCGGCUACGACUCCCAGCACUUUGCACCGCUCAUCACCAUCAAAGACAGCGGCCCCGAGAUCCGAGCAGUAUCGCUGAUCAACCCAGGACGAGGGGGCUUCGAGGAGCUGAAGGUUCACUUCUUGAUGGAGAAAGAACAGCAGCAGAAGGAGCGGCUUCUUAAGGAGUACCUGCUGCUGAUAGAGAUCCCCGUCAUCGGCUUAGGCUACGACACCACACGGAUCAUCAACGCCGCACGGCUGGAUGAGGGCAACCUCCCUGAGGACAUGAACCUGAUGGAGGACUACCUGCAGCUUGUCAACCACGAGUACCAGCGCUGGCAGGAGGACAAGGAGCAGGCGUGGGCCGCCCAGCCGCAGCGCCCACCGCCCUUCUCCGUCUCCCAGCUCUCCCUCAUCGAGAUCCGCUGUGCCACACCGCGAUGCACCUUCUACGUGUCGGUGGAUACGCAGCCUCACUGCCAUGAAUGCUUCGAGAAGCGACAGGCCACGACCGGCGGUGGAAUGAGGAUAGAAGGGGUCGUGCAGACCAAGGGAGGAGGGGUGCAAGGUGGGGUCGGAGUGAUCGGGGGAUCGGAGAUCGAGGUGAGCUCCAGAGGAGCUCGGGGCAGCAGCCCCCCAUCCUCCACGUCCGGGAGAGGGGUGGUGAUAUCCAGCCCCCGCUCAGCCCCGCCCACCGCUCCCAGCCUCAGCCUGUACAGUGAGACUCACGCCAUGAAGUGCAAGACACCCGGCUGCCUCUUCACCCUCAGCGUGGAGCAUGAUGGACUUUGCGAGCGCUGCUUCAACGCCAGGCAGAACCACGGACCCCCUGCAGCCGGUACAGCUGCCCCAGGACUCCCAGGCCCCAAUGGGGGGCCUACAGUCCCACACCCGGCCCAGGGCACCGGCUGGACCCAGUGGGGGAGCCGUGAGACGGAGACAGAGCGCUGCAGCAUGUGCAGACAGGAGGCGUUCAGGAUAUUCAAUGGCCUUUGUCCACCGUGCAUGCAGAGGCAGCAGCCUCCAGAGAGGGGAGAGCCGCAGCAGAACAACCCCAGGACCGAGGCCUCGUCUUCAGCUUGGACCCAGGCCAGGGACGCUGAGAGGCCGUGCCUCACCCUAACCCCGGGGCACACCUCAGCCUGGCAAGCCCCCCUGGCCCGGCCUUGUAAACGAUCCGGCUGCCAGUUCUUUGGGACGCCGGAGAAGUUGGGUUUCUGCACUAUUUGCUACGUAGACUAUCAGACCAACCACCACCUGACCCCUCCCCCACCCCCUCCCCCUGCCGCGGUCCAGAGCCGGCAUGGCGUGGAGGCAGGCUUCCAGAACGCCUCCCGGUGUCGAGGGGCCGGCUGCGGUGCAGUUGGCAAGGCGAUGCUGGAGGGCUACUGCGACAAGUGCUACGUCAAAGAGCAAAGCACGCGGCUCAACCAAGCGGCCCACCGCACGCCGCACUCCCCUCCUCCGGUCAUGCGUGACCGAGCAGCCAAACCCAGAUCUUCACAGCAAUCCCAGACGCAGACCCAGACGCAGACCCAGACGCAGACGCAGACCCAGACUCAGACUCAGUGCCGGCGGAGCGGCUGCAGUAACGUCUCCCCGGGCUGCACAGACCUCUGCCCCGAGUGCCACACUCGCGGCCAGGGCAGAGAGGCGGGCAGACGGGCGCAGGCGCCCAAGGAAAAGUCCAAGCAGCGGUGCCGGACGCAGGGCUGCGACCACUACGCCAACCAAGAGAAACAGGGCUACUGCAACGAGUGCGACCACUUCAAACAGAUUUACCGCGGCUGAGCGCGAUGCGACGCGCUGCUAACCGCGCUAGAGCCGCUGCCCUGCUGGUGGCGCUUCAUGCCAGUCAAUGCACCUCUGAUACUAACUAACCAACAAACUAACUAACUGGUGACUAACUAGUAACCUUAUGGCCUGAAAGUCAAACCCCCCCUCCCCCCACUCCCCAACCCCGUGUAGAAUGUGAAGAGAGCGCGUGUGUGGAUGUGGUAGUGGAGGUGGGCGGUGGUGGUGAGUGUGCGUGUGUUUUCGCAGUAGACAUGGCCUCCAAAAUACCUCUUUGUGCAAUUAUUAUCAUCUGACGUGCCGCGGGCACUUCCACGGUGAGAGGUUCGGCUACAUGUCAGAGCAACUGACUUAACUCUCGUGUACAAUAUGUAUUUAGAGGUACGUCGCAAAUCGUGCCGGACAAAAUGAUUGUAUGUUGACAUAACGAGAAGCAUCUUGACAUUGCUUUCCAGAUCACAGCCAAGGAUUUAUACCCGCCGUCUGUCUGUCUUAACGCCAUCCGUGUAUCCGUCCGCCUGUCUGUCGAGCUUUCGCCUUGUAGGAUGAGGGAUGCGGUGGUGGAGAACAAGCCCGCGGAGGUAGUAGGCAGGAGUGAGCCAACCGGCGACAAAGUGAAGCCACAGUGGACGAGCUUAAUUCUCAUGUACGUCCUCCAGACAAAGACAAAUGCUUGCAGAGAAGAGGCUCCUUGCUAUCAACGUUGUAAAAGGGUCGAGGCUUCAUUUUUUUCCACGUGUCAGUUCGAAAGCAGUUUAUAUUUUUAGGCAACCUAAACUGGAAGUUGUUAACCUAUUUGUUAUAUGACGUGGAUGAGAUUGUUGAUAAGGAAAGCAAGAACAGACCUUUUGUCUGUACGGUGCGAGACGGACAGGGCGGGCCCCUGCCAGUUUUGGUGCUACGUGUACAGAAAUAAAAGCUUCUCCAUUGUAGCCGACGCGUCGGCGGCGUCAGCGGGACGCAGGAGAGACGGGACUCAUUCGUUCUCUCACCAUUCCUCCUUAUUUGCCCUCUCCUUCCUCUGAAACAGAUCUGUUGCCUUGGACGUUGUUUUGCUGUUUACUGACCGCGUGCGCACCUAGAAAUGCGUUAGACACACACACACACCUGCACAUGCGCACACAGACGCGGUAGCUCCAGUCCGGUCAGACAGGGGAUUGCCAACAGGAGGGCGGAGAGCACGUCGCCGAGUGAUUAACCGACGUACCGCCGCGUAUACAAACAUUUGCACACACAUGCAAACGAAGCUCUGUGAGACUGUACAUGCGCCCCACCCUGGCCUGAGGUGGUAUGUAGGUGAACGAAGCGAUAGAGAAAUGCAUUCCUCUCGCCCCCCCCCCCCCCCCCCCUGGAGGGGCCAUGGGGACAGUUUCAAAAAAAAGAGCAAUCCCAUCGCCUGCUUCGGCUAAACUUGUUCAUCUGAAUGUGUUUCGUGCUGCUGCUACAACAGCACAGUAUUGGGGCUGAUCCUCGAUAUUUUUUGCCUUUAAGUAGUGAUUGAGAUUUUAUGGACCAGAGGAGCCUGUUCGCUGAUCCUGGAUCAGUGCUCCCACCUAUAAAAUGCUUUUGUGAAUAUGGAUCUGGGUCCAUAUUGUAGGACCUUCCAACCCGAUGCCUCAUCUCCAACAAGAACAGACACACACACACACACACACCCCCAGAACGCACGCAUGUCUGCGUCUGGAAUACGCAAAACUGACAUUCCUGUUUCUUUUCCCCUUUUUAAAAAUUUGUUGAGAGUUUUUUUUUUUUUUUAUGUAUUUUGAUAUAUUUGGUUUUAUUUCUGCCAAACAAACAAAAAAUACACGUGCCAUCAACCGCCAAAACAGUUGUUGUUACCUCCUUAAAAAUGACUUGCCUGUACCACUCUAAACUAACCAGAGGGCCACAAAUAGACAUCUCCAACCCAGUGUUGCCACAAAAUAAACCUUACCGAGCUCUACGUGGAAAAUCCCCAGAUAGGCGCCAUCCUUUCUUAUGAGUAUCGAUUUAGUGGAAAUAUGAAGAACUGUUUAUCGGCGGAGAUCGCCUCGAGCGUAAAACAUUCAUCCAACAACCUCAAAUGUGAUAUCAACUGUACGCGUUGUUCCCCUUGUGCUCCGCUGCUGUAGGCAGAUGUCCAUCUGUGGCUCCGGUUAUGACAGCAGAGACAGAAACGGGCUCUCGGUUUGCCUUUCCAUUCAACUGUACCUGAAGCUGGCGACGGCCCGUACGUAGGUCUCUGUGUGCUUUAAUCACCUCUAGACAAACCUUAAUCAACGAAAGGCCAGCAUGUGGUUGGCUCAUCCUGACACCCCCCCCGCCCCCCGCCCCUCCUCCAACCCUGACUGUAGGUUUUGGGGCGCUGACACGAGUUCCACUGGGGAGGGAGGUCACCUAAGUGAGGCAUUUAGGGAUGGUACUCCGACUCGCUGAGGGACAUUCCAACAGUAGGAAGAACACCCGCUUAGAAACAGAAGGUGUGACAAAACAUGCAAGUUUUCUCUGUGUGACCUUUCGACAAUAGCGUAUUGUAUGAAAAAGCCUGGUUUUAUUUGUUAUGUAUUUAUUCAUAUCAAGAUAUCUGUAUUGUGUAAUUCAAUAAUUAUUUAUAUGUCGUCCUGAAAUGAAUUAUUUUUAAUAAGAAAUCUGAAAUCCG